AUGUUUCAAGUGUUUAAACGCUUUGAACAUUUGCUGCCUCAAAGAGAGUUUGAUACACAGUUAUCCGCGAGGGAUGACCCCCAAAAUAUCAGUGAAAGAAUUCGAUCACGUGUUGUGAUCGUUACUAUGCUACCACAUAUUUUAUUAACGAAAUUUCUUUUGCUGUGGCGCUCUUCUGACAUAGUAUCCGAUAGGUAUAUGAUUUAUUCUACCACGGUAUCCGCUAUCUUCAUGGUUCAAAUAUACAAUUUGUGCACUUCUCGUGUUUCUUCACAAUUUUGCGCGAAAUUGCUGAGUAUCAACUUUUUAAUAUCGCAUAUAUUGUCAUUAGUCGAUUCACAAGAAAAAGAAACAUUAUCAUAUACUAUUUCAAACAGUAGAUUUUCUUUUCUAUUUUGGGUUCCACCUUUCAGUUAUGUCUUUGCUAAUAAGAAGUUUGGGAUCACGACCGCUAUAAUCACGUGCGCUAUUUAUCUUUAUGAAAUUUUUUGGCCAGCAGCCGGAGUUUCCCUGAUCCGAGGAGCUUUUUACCUUGUGCUUGACCUUAUCAUACCCACUUUGAUGUUUACACUUUUAUCUACUUUUGGCGUUGAAAAAAUAUUUACCGAUAAACAAACCGAACAAGCCAUGGAAGCGAAUCGAUCAAGAUCCGUGUUCCUACAAACCAUCAGUCAUGAAUUGAGAACCCCAAUUCACGGAAUUUUAGCUAGCACUGAAAUUCUUUGUUCUUCUAAUCUAAGUUCCGCUCAACGAGCUUUAAUAUCUGCUAUUCAAAAUUCUGGCAUCAAUGUUAUUCAUAUGGCAGAUCACAUUUUACGUGUUGCUAAAACUGAGGAAUUAAAUGUCUUGAAGGGAGUUACCCAUGAAUGUAUACCUUUUGAUUUGUAUAAAGCGACUGAACAAAUUGCCGAUGGGAUGGAACUCUUGUUUGAAAAUGAAAAUAUAAUUUUUGAUUUCGAUUAUAAAAUACCAUUAAAUCAAUCCAUGUAUUUAGGUGAUAUUGGUGUAAUUAAGCAAAUAAUUAUUAACUUACUGGGAACUGUGUUGAGUUUUGAUCGCCUCGAAAAAGUUACUUUCAGUGUCAAUAAUCAUUUUAAAGAAGAGACAAACACUGAGAGAACUUUUACUAUAGAACUUGUUAUAAUUACAACACAAAAACCUCAGGAUUUAAGUGAAUUAUAUGAUGAGGAUAUUGGUGAAUCAUCUGACAAGGAUUCCAAUCCUACUGUUAAAAUGAAACCAAUUCCUCUUCGUUAUAUCUCAGGGAAAAUUGAAGAUGCCGAUCCAAGAGAGUUGCUUAAAAUCGGCGUUAUUCGAACAAAUGACAGUAUUGCCACACAAAAGAUUCUAAAUUUUCUCCAAGGAUUUGAAAUGCAAUAUGAUAUCAUUAAUCCUGAUGAUAUUUCUUUGUGUGAUAUUAACGUUCUUAUUUUUGAUUCAUCCGAAGCUGACAAUGAAUUAAUUGAGACUAUAUGUAGAAAUAUUCGUAAUACUAAAAUCCUCAUUAUUAGUAUUACGUAUCUCUUAAAGCAUUUAAUUAUCUGUGAAACUGCACAAAAAGUGGGGUUAGAUGAUUUGGAUAUUUACUUUGUUGACAAGCCCUUUACCAUUGUGAAAUUUUGGAACUCGCUAAUGACUGCAGCUGAUACUGUAAAUAAAAGAAAUAAUAAUAUUGAAGAUACAACAAGAUCUGCUCAAGGAGAAAUAGGCGAACCAAGUUCUCGCCAAGGUGAAAUGAAUGAAGAAUCAAGAGAAGAAGAUUCGAAUCCUCAGCAAGUUGCUUCCAAUCGCUGGCGUUCUUCUUAUGAUCGCUUGUAUCAACUGCAUCAGAUCAAAGGUGCAAGUGCAACAAUGGAUUUUUAUCACCAGAAUCGAAUAUCAUCGUUGAAUCGAGCCAAACCAAAUAAAGAAAUCUCCGAAGAACCCAGUUACCAAAAGAUAGCUCCGAAACUGAUUAACGGCCAUCUUGAUGAGCUUGAAGACACUGACGAUAUAGAUGGUGAAACUUGGUAUCCAUGCAACGACGAAAUCCCUGAAGAUUGGCUAGGCCCGAACAACUACGAAAUCGUCGAAUUCGAGCUAAAGGAGAAAGAAAAUAAGGAAAAUAAUCCCGGUCAAGAACUUGUUAAUAAUAACAAGACUGGCGAAAUCGAACAAGAUAAAUCUCGAGCACCUAUCAAGUAUCAACACUCGAAGAAGCAAGCAUUAAAGACAAACAUUACAAAAAUCGAAACUUGGAAUUAUCAUAAAGAUAAAACCUUUAAUCAGAAACGAAAGAAAAACUUUCCAGCACUGACGGAAACUACGAUCUGGGGCCUUGUUAUAAAGAACAAAAAGAAGAAAAUACUAGACGGUGAAAGACUUAAAUUAACUAUGAUAAGUUCAGAGCGAAAGGAAAGAACCUAUUGGAAUAAAAACCUAACUUGCCGAAGUCAAAAGAAGAAAAAGAAAUCAAAUACGAAAUUCACGAUGAUUAAACUUAUUGAAAAGUAA